AUGGCGGCCAUGAAAUUCAACCUCGAAAAAUCGAUUAAAAUCUCAUCUCCCAUAGCCCUCUCUGCUCUCCAAACUUCGUACCCAUCAUCAUCUGGUUUGUUCAAACCAGACCUGAUCGAACCGGCGAUCAAACCUAUCUCUUUCUGUGAGUUUCAGAGAAUGGCAAAGCUUAACCUCUCUCCCUCUCUCUCACUUCCUCUCCUUUUCUCUCUCUGUUAUUUCUUCCCCAUUGCUUCUUCAUUUUCCGAUACGGGUUCCAUCGGAGUAAACUACGGCCGCAUCGCAGACAAUCUUCCACCACCAUCCCCAGUAGUUCAACUCCUCAAGUCGCAAGGCCUGAACCAGGUCAAGCUCUACGACUCCGACCCGGCGGUCCUCACAGCCCUCUCCGGUUCAGGCAUUUCCGUCACCGUCGCUCUCCCCAACGAGCUCCUCUCCUCUGCCUCCUCCAGCCAAUCAUUCACCGACAAGUGGGUCCAAACCAACAUCAUCCCUAAUCGAGUCGGUGCCAGAGAUUCCUCUCGUUGUUAG